AUAAGAGGCGGAGUACCGUAAAACGAUCGUACGGAAGCCAAUCGGAACGCCUUUUACUUUUGCUCUUAAAAGAUUCACGCACUCAUCACUGUAUUGACUUCUUACUUCGCACCGCCGCCGUGUCCUCUCUCAAUCACCGUCAAUUCCUAAUCCUCCGCCACCAUUAGGAAAAUAACCCUAGCAAUUGUCUGAUGGGCGAGCAAACCCAACCACAAUCAAUAACUGAAACACAAACUCCAUCCCUAUCUCAACCCAAUUCUGAUUCCACCGCUUUAUCAACAAACCCUCCCGUCGAUAUUCCCCCAAAUCCCUCAAACCCUUCUAAAAUCCCCAUUCGCCCCCAGAAAAUCCGUAAACUCUCUUCCACUCCCUCCCCCCAAUCCACCAAUCAAAAACCCACUGAUUCCUCGCAAUCCGUAGUCACAUCAAACGGCAAAGGGACAAUCACCAAAAAUCGCCGGAGGAGUGCAUCACAAUUAACAAGGGUUUUGCCUCAAGUAAUCAAACCAUUAUCUGCUAAUGGAGAAAUCGAAAAUGCCCUUCGCCAUCUGCGCUUAGCGGACCCACUUCUUUGCUCCUUAAUAGAUACCCUUCCUUUACCUGCAUUUGAUUCACACCAACUUCCAUUUCUAGCACUUUGCAAGAGUAUUCUCUAUCAACAAUUAGCUUAUAAAGCGGGCACUUCCAUUUACACGCGUUUCGUCUCCCUUUGUGGCAGCGAGGAUGCUGUUUGCCCUGACAUGGUUCUCUCCUUAUCUGCUCAACAGCUCAAGCAGAUUGGUAUCUCGGGGAGAAAAGCAAGUUACCUUUAUGACCUUGCAAAUAAGUAUAAAACAGGGAUUUUAGCAGACGAUACUGUUGUAAAGAUGGAUGAUAGGUCUUUGUUUACAAUGCUUUCGAUGGUGAAAGGGAUUGGUUCUUGGUCAGUGCAUAUGUUCAUGAUAUUUUCGCUGCACAGACCGGAUGUGUUGCCUGUUAGCGACUUGGGGGUUAGGAAAGGAGUACAAAUGCUGUAUGGGUUGGACGAAUUGCCUAGGCCUUCGCAAAUGGAGCAAUUGUGUGAGAAAUGGAGGCCAUAUCGGUCCAUCGGGGCAUGGUAUAUGUGGCGGUUUAUUGAGGGAAAGGGGACCCCAGCUACUGCAGCAGCAGCUAUGGAGGGUGGUAGUGUGCAGCCUUUGCAGCAAAUUGAGCCUCAACAGGAGCCAGAACAACAUCAAUUGCAACUUCUGGAGCCUAUUGAUGGCAUUGGCAGCCUCGGGAUAUUUACAGGAGAUAGAUUGCACCACUAAAUAGACAUAAAAGGCAUCUUGGCUUAAGGGAGUGGUUUGGAGUUGAUAUUCCAUCGGAACGUCUAUUAUUCCAUUCUGUCCAUACACACCAAACAAAUGCUAGCAGACAUCAUUUUCCAGAUUUUCUUGAUGGAUCUACCAACUUUCCCAGAAUUCUUGCAUUCAUUGGCAUCCUUAAUAUUCUCUGGAAUGCCCCAACUGAGUCCAAAAACUGAGAGGAACAUGCUCUAGCUGUACAGUGGAGAAGUCUAUAAUCAUCUUCAAGAUGUUGCGGUGCCGUCUGUUAUAUGUCGUGAAGGGGAUCGAUGGACAAUGUCUCUUAAUAGCAGAAAAAGAAGAGACUUAAUAGGGCAUAAAAUUUUUUGUUAAAUACAAUAACCUGGAGGAGGGAGAUGCUCUUGUAUUUGAACUUCUUAAAAGUUCAAAUAAGAGUGUCAUGUUCAAGGUUCAAAUUCUUAGAGGUGACUUCCCAGAGGAAUUAUUGAAGCAAAAUGAAGAAGGGCUUGCAUUUGGGGCCAAUGAUUGAAGGGUUGAGGCGGGAACAAAGCGAAUUGAGAAGAGGUUUCUGAGGUAUCUGGGCGCCAAUAGUCUCUUAUGUUAGUAUUGAGCUUUUAUGAUAGAGAUUCUGAAGUUACGUUGACAAGCAAUUGUGCUUCAGUUUUUCAAGUUUGUCAGUAAGAGUUGCAGGAAAGUAGGUGUUGUAAAGGAUUUGUAAAUAGCAGACCCUCAUGAUAUUUGUAGGGAACUGCAUUAUCAUGGUAAAAAGGGUAAUAUAAUGCUUAAUAUUGUGUUUAUUUAAAAUUUGGUCCGCUCUUAUUUCUUUUGGCCCAAUGAUGAAAUGUAGAAGGCAGUGGAAUGAAUUGCUUUUAGUUGAAUUGUCAGGAAUUAUCCCUAUUGCAGCGAAUUCGUCUUCAUGAUU